AUGAAAAAUUCCAUCAUAACAUUUUAUUUUUCAACAUAAAAGAAACAAAACAAAUAUUCUUUGUUCCCUGUAGCUGGCUGUAGAAAACAAACAUGAGCAACAAUGAGAAGAAACGUAUCCCCGACGCGCCGGUGCCGGCGGCGGCCCCGGGGAACUUGCUGUCGAGUGUAGCGCCCCCUUCGCAGCUCCCCAACUUUGUGACUACCAGUCCGGCUCCUGUGCCAGUUGCUGUGGCACCACAACUACCCCCGCAGUUGGCAGCUACUUUAGCACCUGCUCCACCUGCAUUGGUGCCAAUUGCCCCUACACCAGUGCCUGUUGCUCCUACAUCAGUGUCUAUUGCCCCUACAUCAGUGCCUAUUGCUCCUGCACAAAUCCCUGUUGUAUCAACCAUGCAGCCGGACUCACCAGAGAGAUUUUGCCCUGCAAUACCACCAAGUAAAGGGGAACCUAUGUUGUCAAUAAGGUCGCCAGAGGAUUCCCAAACUACACAGUCACCUGAUUCCCUGCCAGAUUCAAUGUCUGAUGUUGAUAAACUUGGCGACAUAAUGCCCGGCAGUGGCCUAUUUACUUGGGUAAAGGGAGCUGUGUCGUCUGGCGGGAUCCUACAGCGUGUUGCUGAGAAGGCGAAGAACUCCGUUGAUUCUAUGAUCACCACGCUCGACCCACAGAUGAAGGAGUACCUAAAUAGCGGGGGCGACGUGAACGUAGUGGUAGCUUCGGACAAGGAUGUCAAAAUAUCACCAGUUCGAGAGGCAUUCCAAAUUGUUUUCGGCAAAGCAACUGUCACAGGUUACGAGGCCCAGAGCGACGUAACAGCAGCGCAACCAGUAGGCUACGCCGCUGCUUAUGCGGCCGCCAAGCAACGCAUCGCGCACAUCCGAUCAGCACAUACUGAAGUGCAUAACAAUAUACCCAUCGUUGCCGUCGAGGGAUUCUUGCAUGAGGCUGUAACUGACAGAUGGUACGCGAUAGACCUGCUAGUCCUCUCCCAGCCUUCCCUUGGCAUCGAGCUGCAACUACAAUCCCAAGGAUGCCCGGUACCCGCGGCCGCAGUCGCGGCGGCGCGCGCCAAUACGCCCGAAGACUACGCGCACAUACAGACAGGGUUUAGCGUCACGGUGCCCUCUGUCAUGGCGGACAGUCUGCAGGUUCCCCACACGCAAUGGCAUGAAGCUAGCACUGGCGUAAGCCGGCGUGAGCUUCUACUGCUAGCGGCGCGGUCGCUAGCUAGCUCUUACAAGAAACUACUGGCUGUAUCCGCCGCUGAAAUAUGAACGGUAUGGUUUGCAGUAAUUGCUCUUGGGAUUUUGACUGAUGUACCUACCUAGGAUACGAGACCAUAAUUGUAUAUUACGCUAAUAAGAUCCACCGGGAAUAUUCCUUAGAUUAAGUCAAUUUCGUGUGUAUACAAGAAUAUAAAUGUCAUAAUAAUCUCCUCUUGGGUCUGAAAAUCAAAUUGGUUACUUUAUUUUGAAUUACAUGACAGUGAAAUAUAGGUACUUUAAAAAACAAUACAUUUGUAAGGCACAACUGUAAAUUAUAUCUAUAGGUACCAACACAAAAAAUAACGCUACUUCCGAAUAGCAAGAAAUAUGUUGUUUAAGUAUUAUUGUGAAACCACCCAACGAUAGUCAAAAAUCUCCCAACUGUGGUCCAAAAAAUCAUAAUAUUAUUUCAGUGCCGCAUUUUUUGACGAAAUAUUUUCACAAAUGAGAAAAAAACUUAGGCAACACCAAUAAGAAGAUUGGUGUAUUGAACUUGUUGACCGCAGCUGUCCCAUCGCCCACUCUGUUAACCGUACAUCGGUGGACCUUAUGCCUUUUGUAAUAAGGUCCACCGAUGUACAGUUAGGAGUUUUGCUAAACAGCAGACAAACGUAUUACUACUGCAAGGCUAAUAUGGUCGCCUUUUUAUCAUCUGUCACGAUGCCUGUCACGUUCUAAGAAGUAUGAAGGCGCGAAAGUGACGCAUGACAUGACAAGUGAUAAAAAUGCGACCAUGAUAUCCGUGCUGGACUAAAGUUGGGUGCCUUGCCGGUAUUUAUAAUUAUGGCAUCUAGUAAACAGCUUCUUAGCCUGGCCACAGAAUAAAUAAUAGUACUAGGUUCAGAAGACUCACUCUCUAACAAAGCGCGUCUGUUACGAUCAGGACAGAUAUGUCCGCUAGGUGGCGACAGCGCCACGCGCGGCUUAUGGCUAGCCACCAAAACUGGUGUGGGACGGAUGUACUUUUGAGCUAUCUGUAGCAAAGCGACGAAAUAGCGGAGUGAGCCACGCCUGGCCUGGCUUCUUGCCAUGGCUUGCAAAAGGAGUUUAGGAUACGCUCGACAGGAAUCGACGUAAGCACUAGUUUUUACAAAUGCUACUGUCAUCUGACCUUCCAAAGUAGAAGAAUGUUUAACCAUUUUGAGAUCGACUAGGGCUCAUUUUACAUAAAUCCUUCUGGUUUUAACAUACGAUAGUCUAUUAAAUUAUCAAUAAUAUAAUUAAUAUGAAAUGGCUUAAAGCACAACUGUUACGUGUAAAUGUUGUUCACUAUAUAUGAGUUUUGAAAACUUACAGAUAAUAUACAUUAAAUUAUAUUGAUAAGUUACAUAUAAUUUUAAGAUAAAAAAUUACGAAUAAAUUCUAUAUAAAAUAUA